AUGAGGUUGACCACUAUUGCCACAACGGCAGCGUCUAUUGCUGCCGUGGUCGCGCAGGACACGUCGCCCAGCGGCCCUACCAUGACGGGCACAGCUCCCGACUGCAACUCAUGGUACACGGUCAAGUCGGGCGAUACUUGCCCCAGCGUCGAGGAAAAGUUCGGCAUCACCGCCGACCAGUUCUUCAAAUGGAACCCAGCCGUGUCGCGCGACUGCGUCAACAACUUUUGGGUCGGCGAGUCGUACUGCGUGGGGGUUGGCGAGCCUGUCAAGACCUCGUCCACCAGCAGCCAGGUUUCAAGCUCGACCUCGACCAAGACGACCUCGACCAAGACGACCUCGACCAAGACGACUUCGACAACGUCGGAUGCGGGUGACGGCAAGCCCUACUCGACGAGGUUUCCCGUCACUUCGAAAAACAUUACUACGCCCACCAGCCCAACUGCCUGGCCUCCUACCAAGACGCAGCCUGGCGAGCCCGACAGCUGCACCAACUGGCACUUUGUCGUUCCUGGAGAUACUUGCCAAAGAAUUGUCAAUCGUUAUGGCAACACUCUCAGCAUGAAGGAUUUCCUGGCCUGGAACCCUGCCCUCAAGAGCGACUGCUCUGCCCUCUUCAUCGGCUACUACGUGUGCAUCGCCAUCAAGCCCACCACUACCUCCUCGUUUGACUGGUUUAACGCGCCCAACACGACCAUCCCAUCUCCUACAUCCUGGACCCCUUCUGUGCCACCUACUAUCAACUCGACCUUUACCGCAUCCCCGCAGCAGAGUGGAAUCCCUUCCAGCUGCCAAAGCUUCUACAAAGCUGAAGCUGGCGACACCUGCAAUACUGUACUCAAGGCUUAUCCCUACAUCACCGAGGACCUGUUUUACAAGUGGAACCCCGCGCUCGAUGGCAACUGCCAAGGGCUUUGGGCCAACUACUGGUACUGCGUGGCAAACUACGAUCCGGCUGAUCUGCCUCAGCCACCUUCGCAGUCCACGCCAGGCACUCCCGUCGGUGACAACACCGUUAGUGGCUGCAAGGCGUGGUACCAGACAACCGGUGGCGAUGACUGCGAUAUUAUUGCCCAGGCUUUUGGAUCCUUCUCCACGUCUGACUUUAUCUCGUGGAACCCAUCGGUAGGCUCCAAGUGUGAUGAUAUCCAGGACAACACCUACUAUUGCGUGGGCGUGGCAAAGACACCUACGACGAGAACAACAUCUGUUCCCGCGACGACGACGCAGGAUGCCUUGCCAACGCAGUCUGGAGUCGCUUCCAACUGCAACAAGUACUGGUUCGUAGGCGAAAGCGAUACAUGUCGCCAAAUCACCACUGCCUCCAACAUCCUCCUGGGGAAUUUUAUCAGGUGGAACCCGGCUGUUAACGACGGAGGAUCGUGCAAGCUCACACCCGAUGUUAACGUCUGCGUUGGAGUCAAGGCUUGA